AUGAGUCAAGCUGUUCGGUGGGUAACUGGGCAAGCGCGACGUGUAUCUUUCACACCACGAGCCGUUGGAUAUCAAAACAUCAGCGACGCGAUCAAGUUUGAGGAGGAAGCAAUGCCUGCAUUCUCUCAGAAGUUGUACCUUCCCGUUCAUCUUGGAGACAUCUACCACAACCGCUAUCAGAUCGUCACAAAACUGGGAUAUGGCUCGAAUUCUACUGUCUGGCUGUGCCUUGAUCAUGAGUGCAAUUCUUUUGUUGCUCUCAAGAUAUACACAUGUACUUCCUGGGCGUCGCGCGAGCCUCGAGUUCUUGCCGAGCUCGCCAAAGUCAGAUCGCAACAUCCAGGAUCAAAGAAGAUUCGUCUCAUGCUUGAUUCGUUUGAAGUCAUAAGUAAAAGCGGCAGUAAACACGUCUGCCUGGUGCAUGAGCCUCUCUUGAUGAGUCUCCAAAGGUUUCAAGAUCUGUUCAAAUACAAAGUUCUGCCCACAUCACUCUUCAAAAUUGCAGUCCAAGAUGUACUUUUUGCGCUCGAUUUUCUGCAUACAGAAGGCCACAUGGUUCAUACAGAUUCCAGCAUCUUUGAGAAACUCCUUGAAGAAGAGCGAAGCCGCCCAAGUGCACGAAAGAUUACCGACGGCUACACAAUAUAUCAGUCUCGGAGUUUCACCCUCGACGAGGUUGUCGCCAAUGCUGGGCCACUCUUGUUGACUGACUUUGGAGAAACGCGAACACGAGCCGAGGAUUGGCGUGGUCUGAUACAACCAGAUCCCUUUCGCGCACCCGAAGUCAUUUUGAAGAUGCCCUGGACAACAAAGACCGAUAUCUGGAAUCUUGGAAUCAUGGCAUGGCGUUUGUUCGAGGACCACCUCCUCUUCGAAGACUGUGAUAGUGAGGGUAAUCAUUCCGAAGCCCAAUUACUUGCUCACAUCACUGCAAUCCUUGGCCCAGCCCCUCUGAACUUCGUCAACAGAAGUCCUGACCGAGCUUUAUAUUGGGAUGAAACAGGAGAAUGGAUAGGCAAGGCAGAUAUCCCUGACGAUUCUAUCGAGGAAUCUGAUGAGAGGCUUCUCGACAAAGAUUUGAAACAGUUUGCUGCUCUCAUGCGAAAGAUGCUACAAUGGAAUCCGGAUCAUCGCCAGAGCGCAGCAGAGCUGCUGAAAGAUGAGUGGUUACUUGAUAUUUCUGACUAG